ACAGCGAUCCCGGUUAACGUUAGUCAUCGGUAAAUCUUCACGAGUCCGGUCUCUUGUGACAAGCGAGUAUUCUAAGUUGCGGCACGUCAAAGGCUCUAUUCGUAGAAGUACUGAGUAAAAACCAGUCUGCGGGCGCGCGUUCCAGCUCGCGUGCUCGGCUCGCGUCGACCCCAGACGCACGCGCUGAGCUCCUAAGCCCUACCGUAUAAAAGGGCCCCCACCCUUCCUGAUUCUAUCAUUCCCUGCCGAGGCUUCGUGCGUGCACGUCGCUUUGCACAGCAACCUUGUAAAUACGUAGUCGUACGUUAGACUAAGUUUUCUAUUCGUUAUGUGUUUGGCUAAGGAUGAACAAUCACCCCCGAAAAAGGCGAUGUCUCCUAGAUCGCCCUGGGCUAAGCUCUUAAAUCAGAACUCCAAACCUCGAUUACCUCGGAAAGUAGCAACUUCUACGCGGGUGAAUCUUAACAAGUGCUGGUCGAAGCUGGGUGAACUUAUAUCCAACGCCGGACCUCGCUCUGACCUACCAUCCCAAAAGACUGUAAAUGAUGAAGAACCUCUCCUGGUGCCUUUCUCUGAUUUCUUCUAUCCAGUGGAGGCGUACAAAGCGGUGCCCGUCGAGGAGAAUGAUAACGCGCAAAACCAGAAUAUCCUGAACUCCAAUCGCUUUGAGCUGAUCAACGAUGCCUCUGAACAAGACGAGAACAUGGCGAACGAAGUGCGCGAGAUCUGCUACAUGGCGACAAAACCAAACUGUUUCGUAUGUAAAUUUUGUUAUUAAUACCUUCUAUUCAAAACUAUCCAUACUAAUAUAAUGCAGUGAAACAAAAUCCUGUCUUCCACGAGUAGUAGAUUUAGUGAGCGUCACGACGCGAAUCCAUCGUCUUCCAUUAGAAUUAGUGAUGUGGUGUAACAUUUUGAUGCCUCGUUAAAGCGAUUUCGUUUACAAUCUCGGUGAGUUUAGGUUCAAAUUCGUUUGGAAGUGUCGUAAUGUCGCAUCACAUUUAGAUUUACAGUGUAAAUUUUUGACGAGUUUUGGUAGACAGCUUUAAUUUAACUGCACUGUUAUCAACGCACCCCCUUUCGGCUAUAUUGUCUUGCAGCGCCGGUCUUCUUCAAUAAUUACGUCUCUAUUUCGAUCCAAUGUCUUCCAUUAGAAUGUUUAGGUGAUCUGUGAUAUUAGUUUGUUAUAUUAAGAAGCUUUAAUUCGUUGUUAAGAAAAAAAUAUUAACCUCUCUAAUUGUUAGUAUAAGUUUAUAGAUUGAUAGAUUCAAUUGAAUAGG